GUCUUCAAGUGCUGAGUCUCGUAAAAAGCACAAGUCGAAGAAGAGCAAGCGCAGCAGUCUUUCCUUUACCAGGGUAAUAAGCAAGGAGCGAGUCACCUAA